AUGGAUGAAACUGAUGAGAAUGAUCGUGUAUUAAUUAAUUUAACUUGUAGUAACUCUUCUCCGGGUGCUAAUGAUGAUUGGCAUACUAUUUCGGGAGAAUUGCAAUCGAUUUAUUUGAUCAUGAUGAAUAAGAAUCAAAGCACGAGUAAUUUUGAAGAUAAGAAAUUAAUAAUAAUACCACCAUGGUUAGACUCUUUAAAUUCCAUUGCCAAUGUUGAAUUUGUUAAACAAUUUACAAUUGAAGAGAAUGAUGAUGAAAUGAUUAGAAAUUUCAAAUUGUUGAGAUUGGCUAUUGAUGUCUUUAGAACAGGGAUGGCUCAGAGUAGUUUGAUAACUGGAUUUUUCAAGCAUUUCUUUUAUUGUCUUGAUGAAUCUGUUGGAGAGUGUUUGGAUUUGAAAAGACAAGUUAAUACUCAACAACUUGUCAGAGUUGUGUUUAAUCAAUCGACCAAGAUACCUGACUGGAAAGUUGGUAUUCUUGUCGUAUUGGCACAAAUGAUACACCGUUAUUUCUUGAAUGAGUGGAUUGGAUUCUAUUUGUUUCUUAUUCAAUAUUAUAAUAUAAGAGCUUGGGAGGAAAGAUUUAUUGAGAUGACUGAUAUGGAUUACAAACUAUUGAAUGAAUUAUUCACUAUUCCAAUUGACAAGUUUUCGAAUCUGUUUAAAGCUAAUUUGGCUAAAGUGGUUUACCAACAUUUCCAAUGUUAUAAUACUAAAUUGAAAAUUCUUCCAAAAUUAUUGCAAGAACUUGGUAUGCCUGAGCAUAAUACGCUUAUGGAGACAUUUAAACACGAGCUGAACUAUGAUAUGCAAAUGAUUGUAAAUGAGAGCUCCAGAAAUCUCAGCUCUGAAUCUAUCAGAAAGGAGAGAAUACUAAAAAUAUUUUACCUUUGCAAGGUUUUUUAUGGAUUCAAACAAUUUGGUUCAGAAAUAACUGAGCAAUUCAAAUAUUUACAUUUGAGUCUUUUACAAAGCAGAGACGAAGAGAUUGUACAAGAGAGUUUGGAAAUGCUUCAUGUAGCACCUAAUAUCUCGUCAGCAACAGUCGCAUCAAACUCAAUAGAAUUGAUAGUAGUAUUGACAGAAUUGUUUGAACACAGGAAAGAAUCUAUCAGAGAGGAAGCAUACAAAUGGUGUUCCAAACUAUUAGUUCGAACAACUUGUAUGAUUGAUGCUCCCCUUUGUUCAAAGCAAAUUCUAAAUGCUUUAAUGAAUGCUCCUGUCCUUACUAAUAAUCUUAUUGAACUAGCCACAUCUGCAUUCAAUUGCUUUAAAUAUUUGCAUGAUUACAAUGAACAAUAUCUAAAUUUUUUCCACAAGAUUGUUGAAAUAUUGCGUAUUUCAAUCAAUAAUGACAAAGAGAGAGUGGAAAUAACACUACGAGCAAUACCCCAAAUUGUUGAUUUAGACACUGAAAUUCGUACUGUAAUUUUAAAUCUUCCUCUAAAUGAUUUGGUCAACUUUUGCCUCACCAAUGAAAUUUCAAUUCCAACAGAAAUUAUCACAAUAAUCAUGGGAAUAACUGGUUCUGGUACUGAAUUGGUAAAACUUCUUUUAUGCACUUCUGAUACCAGUCUACACUGUGUUCUAGCUGAUUUACUGAAUAAGAAUUUUGUUGAGACAGGUUCUUUAUUGAUAUCACAAGAAGAAAUAGACCGUUUGAUUAAUCAGAAAUUGUCUAUUUCCCAAUUCUUUAAGAAUUAUGAGAUUAAUUGUUUUAUUUAUAAGGUAGCUCACUUUUAUUCUGAUACUGUGGGGCUAGCAAUACAUUUGAAUGCAUGUCCUGCUUUCAUGUUUGACCAAGUGGAUGGGAAAGGAAAAGUUCCUGAAAUUGUUGUUUUGAAUUAUUUAAACUUAUUAGAAAUUAUUCUAGAUAGAGAAUUUGAAACAAUAUCAGACAAUGUGGAUAUCAUUAUGGAAACACUUGAGGAUAUUUCAACUCUAGGUUAUCCUUUGAAAAUACGUGCAAUGAUUGAACGUAUUCUAAAGUUGCUGCGUUUGCAUGACAUUGAUGAUUGGCGUAAAGGUUUUGACCAUAAUAGCAUCCCUGUUUAUGAAGGCAAUGAUGAUGAUUUAACGUAUUGGUAA